AUGUCUAGCGCUCCGAAAUCAAGAUGGGCGGAGGAUGAUGCUGAAACGGAGGCGCUUCUCGAGCAGAAAAGACGGGAAAAGGAAGAACGGAAACGCGCCAAAGCUGAGAAGCAACGUCAACAAGAAGAGGCGCAGAAGAAACUGCUUGUGCAACAACGAACCGAUGAAGCGGCAAAUGGCUCUUUGCAGGCUCAGGAGGACAGUUUGAAUGGCGAUGUAGGAAGGCCAUCCAAACGUCGCAGACUAUCCAAUGAACCAGAAGCGCAACACGACAUUGGUGACAACAAGCUCCUUUCUCUUCUACGAUUUCCCGCCCCGGAAUGGAGUCCCUGCAGACAUAUUGAUAAUUUUGAACGAUUAAACCAUAUCGAAGAAGGGUCAUACGGCCUAGUAUCGAGAGCCAAGGAGAUUGCUACGGGCGAGAUCGUGGCACUCAAGCGAUUAAAGAUGGAAUAUUGUAAGGACGGCUUCCCAAUUACCGGACUCAGGGAGAUACAAACCCUGUUGGAGUCACGACAUACAAACAUCGUCCAUCUACGCGAAGUCGUAAUGGGCGCCGCCAUGGAUGACGUGUACCUCGUCAUGGAUUUCCUCGAACAUGACCUCAAGACGCUCCUCGACGACAUGCGUGAACCGUUCCUACCCUCAGAAACGAAGACGCUACUUCUGCAGAUCAUGUCUGCUACGGAAUUCUUACACUCACACUGGAUUAUGCACCGGGAUCUGAAAACAUCCAACUUGCUGAUGAACAACCGGGGCGAAAUCAAACUUGCAGACUUUGGCAUGGCGAGGUAUUACGGCGACCCGCCGCCAAAAUUGACACAAUUGGUGGUUACCUUGUGGUACCGAUCUCCAGAGCUAUUACUCGGUGCGGAUAAGUAUGGACCGGAGAUUGACAUGUGGAGUAUCGGGUGUAUAUUUGGUGAGCUCCUAACAAAAGAGCCGCUAUUCCAAGGCAAAAAUGAAGUCGACCAAUUAUCCAAGAUCUUUGCUCUCACCGGCCCCCCGACAACCCAAACCUGGCCCUCCUUCCGCUCCCUCCCCAACGCUAAAUCCCUCCGCCUCCCCGUAAACGCCCCUCCCCCCACUGCCACAACAGACGGGGGCGUCCCCCUUCUCACCCGCUCGAAAUUCCCUUACCUCACCACAGCUGGUCUAACGCUCCUCUCCCACCUGCUAGCCCUCAACCCGACCUCGCGCCCGGACGCAGCAACAUGUCUAUCACACCCCUAUUUCCGCGAAGAUCCCAAGCCUAAAGCAAAGGAGAUGUUCCCGACAUUCCCUUCUAAGGCCGGUAUGGAGAAGAGGAGGAGGCGGGAGACGCCUGAGGCACCGAAGAGGGGGCAAGAGGCGCCGCGGUUGGAUUUUGCGAAUGUCUUUGGAGGGUGGGAUGGGGAUGGGACUGGAGGGGAGGCGGGGGCCGAGGCGGGGGCGGGGUUUACGUUGCGGUUGGGGUGA